UCGACGAGCAAAGCGUGUCUUGAUUCUUGAUAAUCAUUGAUUUUUGCCAGACUUAUUAAUUUUCCCCCCUUCUAACAGCCAUGUCUGUUGUCGAAUACUGUAAGCUAAAGCAUCAGUGUACCAAGGAAAUCAAUUGGGAAUUUGAAAGUGAGUUGUUGAUACUUACUUACAAAGAUCUUACCAGUUGUAAUUCAGAAGACGAGAUCACAGACGUUAAUUCGUUUCUCACCAAACUGGAGGAGAGGAGUCUUCUUGGAAUUGAUCGUUUUCAUGUAUUGAAGGAUCUCCUAAAAGGGAUGAGAAAAUGGGAUCUUCUUCGAAUGGUGGACGAAUUUGAAAUUAAGAGAAAGGACUACAAACAGUUUCUGGAGAAGAUAAGUCGUGCACUCGACGAGUCCAAUGAACUGCAACGACUUAUUUUAAUCUGCAAAAGACAAAAUCUGAUAGCUCAUGACAGAGAGGAACACAUUGGAAAUGUCAAUGCAUUGUUCACAGAACUAGAAAAACAGAAUAAUCUGGGGAUAGGAAACCUUAAUAUCCUGAGAAAUCUAGCAACUGAAGUGGAGAAACCAGAGUUGUGCCGACUUGUGGAUGACUUCAAUGAGAAAAGAAAACAAGAAGACGAUGCCGAGAGGAAAAGGAAAGAGUGGGAGGACUACAAACUAAGAGCACGAGUUCAGGCCGCUUCUGUUCUUGUUGGUGGAAUAAACAUUGGAGAAAGAUUAAUUGGAGUUGUCACACCUCUCUGUACUUUCCGCAAUGUUACUGGUGGUGCUGUAGUCGUCACUACAUGGAUGGUCCUUCGCAGGAGUCCUAGUAUGGAAGCAUUUGUCAAUGCUUUCAAAGAAGCUGUUCUUCCAUUUGGAAAUUGCUUACGUGCAAUUAGUGAAGGAUCAAUCCGAUUUACGCUUCAAGCAGAAAAUAUUUCCGCUCUUGACGCACUAUGGCAAAGUUAUCAAGACGCAACGCUACAAAAAAAUUUACAAGAGUUCCUUGUUACUGAGGAAAUAAAGCAGCUGGCAGGUGGUGAAGUGACAUUGACUGUGCAUAUCGACAAAGAUGAAUACAGAAAUGCAAGGUUGGAUUUGAUGAUAUCAGGAAAAGAAGAGAUGAAACUUGAAGAAAAAAGAGGAUUAAAAGAUCGAGCAAGUUCUGAUUCAGACCUUCUGAAAAAACGAAACAUGACCACAUCGAAUACAAAAGAUCUUUUUGCAGAGAGGGAGUUUUUACCACUUGAGAGAAAAGUGCGUGUAGAAGAAAAUCUUUGGGAGACCUUCAGCGAUAUCACACCACCAAGUGAUAGCGGAGCUGGGACCUGGAGUGGAGCCACUUCCGAAUAUGGAUUUGAAAAUGGAGACAGACUUAAAAAGCUCGACCAAGUUGACGGUUCAAUUAAAGAUGCCACUGAGAACUGGAACAGCAUUCUGGGAGCAUACAAAGAUGCAUGCCCAACCGAAGGACGUAAAUACCAUAUCAUAGGGCAAGAAUUGAAAAAGAUCAGAAUCACUCUCAGAACCUUUAGAGAGAAUGAAAAAAAGUGGAUAAAUGCAGAAUCUACUUUGACAAAGCCAAUCACUUCUCAAGCUACCUUAAAAAAAUUGGAAAGAUUUCUGCAUCUUAACUCUGGUGAAGAUUAUUUCAGAAAACCAACCUCUGAGGACAAAACAAGGAUCCGUGUCUUGGCAAGAAAAGUUAGAAAUUUUAAAGAAACGGACGUUUUUUCUUUCUUGAGAAAGAUCACACCACCAGGAACAACAGGUCCUCGGUUACCUGAUAACUUGUCUAUUCAUGAGAUCCCGAAAGACAGAAAAUAUUAUCUUUCAGUAUUUUUGAAAUGCCAAUAUUCCGAGAUGCGGCAUCAAAUGAGGGGACUGGACUACUCGAACGAAAAGUUAGUGAAUGUUUUAGCUAGGCGACACGACUUAAGAACAGUGGGUGAGCUGUAUGACUUUCUAUGUGAAAAGGGGCUGCCUCCCGCUGCCGAUAUUCUUUAAAUAUCUCAACCCCCCCAUACCAGCCCACGAGGAUCUCUCGAUCUCAUGUUUUCUUACUCUAUCCUAUGAGAUGAUGAAUCAGCUCACCCUUACCACAGGGAACAGAUAAUUUGCUGCUAAAGUCAGUCAUACUGAAUUGACAUGAUCAACUUUUCCUAUAAUUCCUCCGACUUAGUCAGUUAGGUAGGGUUGGUUAUUAUAAAAAGUAAUGUUAGUAU